AUGAGGGUGCUGCCCAAGAUCCCGGGGAUGCAGCCGUUGGCCUGGUCCUCGUUGCUACAGGCGGCACUGCAGCUGCCUCCGGAACUGGCCGACGGCUCGCCGGAGACGGUGUGCUCCCUCUACUGCCAAGUCGUCGAAGCGCUCGAGGAGCUGGCGCGGGAGCGGCAGCUCCGCAGCAGCCUGGGGGAAGAGGUCACGGAGUUCCAGAAGAAGUACGACAAGUUGCUGGCGGAGCAGGAGGUCCUCUACAAGGACUUCUUUGCACGGAGGGACCAGUGGCUCUCUGAGAAGAAAGACCUCGAGGAGCGCUUGAGCAUCCAGGGCAACCUGCUCACGGACAGCUUGAAGAAGUGUGAAGUGCAGGAGAGCCAACUGCAGACUUGGCAGCAGCUGAGCUCCGGCGGCGCCCCGGAGCUGCGGGAGGAGCUCAUGGCGGCCAUGGCGCGGGUGGCUGCGCUGGAGCAGAACGAGAGCGUGCUCUCGCGGAAAUAUGAAGCGGAGAAGCAGAACCACGCGAUUGUGAAGGAAGCCUUUGACACCAUGCAGAGAGACUUCCUGGAACGCGAAGGCUUCCUCAAGGAGCGCCUCUCCAAGGCGACUUUGGCGAAGCGCCGCUCCGGCAACGCGCUGCGCAUCGCGCGCCGGAAGAUGCAGUCCAUGGUGGCGAGCAGCGACUUUGAGCGUGCCCAGCAGCAGCUUCAGGUGUGUCGACAGCGGGAGUUCGACCUCUCCCGACGGCUAACCGAGCUGACCCUGAAGGUGGCACAGCAAGAGGACAAGGUCCGCGACCUGAUGGAUGUACAAGACCGAUGCCGCACCUUGGACCAGCUCAUGAGGGAAACUGAGCAGGAGUUCACCGUGCUGCGGCGCCGGCUGCAGGCGCGCGAGCCCCGCUUCGCCGCGGAGUGCGCGCUCUUCGCGCGCCUCACCGCGGAGCUGCAGCGCACCCUGGGCUUCGUGGGCGGCUACGAGGUGGCCGUGCGGUCCCUGGCCGCCAGCGAAGCGCGCAUCGCCGGCGAGGAGCCCACCGAGGCUGCCAUCAAUGUGGAAGCCUCUCUCGACGAGAAGUUGCGCAAGCUGGACACCAAUAACGACGGCUUUAUCACCUUGGGCCAGCUACGCGGCUUCUUCGAAAGCCUUUCCAUCAAGAUCAAGGACGAGGAGAUGCAAUUGCUGGCAGAUGCCCUGCAUCCCACGACUUCCAUCCUUCCUCCACCGCCUCCACCGCCAAGUGCACCAGGUGCUCCCAGUCCCCCAGCAGAUGACAAGUCCAACGUCUCGGUGCUGGGCAUUGUUGGCCGCUUCAGGCUCUUUGGGCUGCGUCCGCUGGAGCCGGAGGAGCUCUUCUGGUGCGCGGUGGAGGCCCACCUGCUGCGACGUCCUGAUCAGCCGGAGCCUUCGGAGGUGCUGCGGGGCCACUUCCAGCGGCUCUGCAACUCCGAGGGCCGCAUCGCGGCCACCGACGUGCUGCAGCUGCUGUCCCAGUUCGAGGUGACUCCCAACCAACUUCCCCUGCGGAGCUUGCGCCGAGUGCUGCAGUGGCUGGGUGUCGAG